CUCGGGGACCGUUUCCACCACAGUUUCGAUACAACUUCCAAACGGAGAACGUCGAGCAGCAACGAUGGCACAGUUAGCAAUGCUUCCGCUAGUGCUUCUUCUAGCCAGCCACACGAUGGCUGAUAUCAUGGUACAACCCGGAUAUGGACGUUCGACAUCGGAAUCGCAUUCGACGAAACAACCCAUAAUGCAGUCAUCCGAAAACGACGAGCAAUCAAAAACUGAAGAAGAUCCUGGUUAUCAUUUGGAACUGCAUCCAGUCUACACGAAUUCGUACGAUAUCCCUGCGCACGCAUUGUCACCAUUUUAUCAUUCUCCGUAUUUAAUUCCGCCAAUAUCGCGGACUGCUUACAGGCGUUUCCUUAAAGGAAAUGGAGUUGUUGAAGGAAUUCCUGCAAUGAUACCACCGCAGUAUUAUCCAUUCAUCCCACCGGUAGUACAUAAUCGUCGCAGAAGAUCUAUCGAUGGGGGACUCGAUACUACAGAGCAGAAGACCAAACGUAGUAAGGACGAUGAUGUGGCCAAGAAGUCGACCUUAGAGAAUAACAAACUGUCAGUGUUUGAUGCGCAAAGUCAAGAUGAGAAACGCGUGAACGUGCGACAAAGCAGUGGUCUGUUUGGUUUGGAUCCAUCGAACAUGUAUACAUAUUAUCAGCAACAGACUCCCACACAAUCGAAUCUAGCGGAAUACGACACAAAUUCUAUGAAAGACGCGAGCCAGCAAGCACGAGCGAAUUCUGAGGCAGAGACAGAAGAGCAAAUAUUAAGACGAAAAGAGGGAAACCCUGUAAAAAUUACAUUCCCCCAAGUGAACAUGGAAAAUCUCCAACAUGCAAUGCUUCUACAACGAUCUGCUUCUCAAUCAGAACAGCAACAACAAGUGGAACAGAAUGGAGAAGAGCUUGCUGCUGAUACCAAGUCAACGUCUGAUUCCGAUGAGUCGUCAGCAACUUCACUUAGCGCCAGGACGAAAAAUCAUGCGCAUCAACAUAUUAAGUUGUCCGAUGGCACAAAGGUGAAAGUGAAGUCUCCGCAUCACCAAUCCAGCGAUAUCACAAUAAAUUAUCCAUACAACAAUAAUCAAUAUUAUCCAAACCAGCCAGUGCAAAUUGCCCGGACUCCAGUUUACCAAACUGCAGCUUAUCAAGCUCCAAUCUACAGCACAAGUUACACAGUACCAUACGUUUACUACAUCACGCCUCAAACUUAUUCCCCACUGGUGUACAGAUUUUAUUGGGGCAACCAGUACAGCCAACCAUUGAUAUACUAUAUCUGAACGAAUCUUGACUUUGUAAAUCA